ACAUUCUUUAGCUCUCCUUGCUAUACUGAAUCUAACUUGUAUACACACCGCUUCCCACUCCAACUCGGUGAGUUGACUCAGUGAGACCAUGGCGACCUACAGUCCCAAGCGCGCCGCCGCCGAGUUCCGGCACUCGAGCUCCGGCGGCGCCCGGUCGACUCCUUCUCCUAUGAAGCGAGACGACGCCACGUCACCACUAGCCCCCGAAAAUAUCGCCGACAGCCGCGAUCGAAGAGUGCGUGUGCGAUCGUUCUUCUCGUUCUUCAAUUUACAGUCUCUAGAUGAGAGCAGAGUGUAUGCACACGUGUGUAACUCGAAGAUCGCGGUGUUCGCGAUCGGCGUGCUGAUUCUGGUUGGAUUGGUCUCGGUUUCUUCGGUGUUUAAUCGAUUUAGUGCUCCGUACUUGUGCAAAAAAGAUGGCAUCGUUCUUCGCUGUCCGCGAGUUAAGGAGCCUACUUCACUGUGGGAGAAUCCUUAUUCAGCCACGACAUCAUGGAAGCCAUGUUCUGAGAGACGCAAUAACGCAAUAGCAGAUCUUCCAUCUGAGAAUGAUACUGUUGGCUAUAUAUUCAUACACGCAGAAGGUGGGCUAAACCAGCAAAGAAUUGCUAUAUGUAAUGCAGUUGCUGUGGCCAAAAUUCUGAAUGCGACCCUUAUAUUACCAGUGUUGAAGCAGGAUCAAAUCUGGAAAGACCAAACAAAAUUUGAAGAUAUAUUUGAUGUUGAUCACUUCAUAGAGUACUUGAAGAAUGAUGUGAGGAUUGUACGUGACAUCCCAGAGUGGUUUACUGACAAGGCAGAGCUAUUUACUAAUAUAAGACGAACUGUAAAGAACAUUCCCAAGUAUGCUCCUGCACAAUUUUACAUAGACAAUGUGCUGCCUCGGAUCAAGGAGAAGAAGAUAAUGUCACUAAAACCUUUUGUUGAUCGACUGGGGUAUGAUAAUGUUCCUCCCGAGAUCAAUAAGCUGAGGUGCAGGGUUAACUAUCAUGCUCUACAAUUUCUUCCUGAAAUUGAGCAUAUGGCUGAUCAACUUGUUUCAAGAAUGAGAAAUCGCACAAACAGUACAAAUCCUUUCAUGGCUCUUCAUCUUAGAUUUGAGAAAGGGAUGGUAGGCUUAUCAUUCUGUGACUUUGUUGCAACAAGAUUGGAGAAAGUUCUGAUGGCAAUGUAUAGAAUGAAAGAAUGGCCCCGCCGAUUCAAGGAUGGUUCACAUCUAUGGUCGUUGGCUCUUCAGAAGCGGAAGGAGGGACGAUGCCCUCUUGAACCUGGUGAAGUUGCAGUGAUGCUUCGGGCAAUGGGCUACACCAAAGAAACUCACAUAUAUGUUGCUUCUGGGCAGGUCUAUGGUGGACAGAACCGCAUGGCACCACUCAGGAAUAUGUUCCCUAAUCUUGUCACCAAAGAGGAAUUAGCAGGAAAAGAGGAGUUGGAUGGCUUCAGAAAGCAUGUGACCAGCUUGGCAGCACUUGACUUCUUAGUCUGCUUGAAGUCUGAUGUUUUUGUAAUGACCCAUGGAGGCAACUUUGCCAAACUGAUUAUUGGAGCCCGCAGGUACAUGGGUCAUCGCCAAAAAUCAAUAAAACCAGAUAAGGGAUUACUAUCCAAAUCUUUGGGGGACCCCUACAUGGGCUGGGCAACCUUUGUAGAAGACGUGAUUGUUACUCACCAAACAAGAACCGGAUUGCCAGAGGAAACCUUCCCUAAUUAUGAUAUUUGGGAGAAUCCAUUGACACCCUGCAUGUGCAGAACGUGACCUGCAUCGUUACUUUUGAUAUGAUUAGAAGCAAUCCCUGCUCUAACAGGCAUUCAUAUACGUCAACUCAAAUCUCAGGAUGGCAUCCGCUGAUCUGCAUGAAACAGCUAAUACAAUCUCAAACGACAAGUACAUUUAAAGCAAAUGCAUCACAGGUACAGUUUAGUAAGAUUCCAGAGGCCUCCAUCACAGUGCAGUUUUAUAUACCCAGCGGUGCUAAUUAUUCUCCCUGUUCAUUACCUCCAAUGUUACUUACAUUUAACACAUAGGUAUGUAUUCUUCAAGUUUGGUCUGUAAAACAUUUCGUUGUAUCAUCAAAGUAUAGGUACGAGUUAUUUGGAGCUACAAGGACAAUCGUCAGUUUCGAAUUUGUAAUUAUCUAACCUUUACACAGUAAAAAAGCUUUUAUCCGUCCAGGUUCUAC